AUGGCUGCCGUAACGUCGCUCGUCAUUGAAAUUGGUUCCUGUAGCAUCACGGCAGAGAGGCUUGUCUCGCAAGCCCAGGCCCCAAAGCUGCUGCAGCGUCCACGAUCAGCGUUCUUCGCGCAAUGCCCGCCGAAAGCACUCGUUUCUUGCAAGUCCCAAACCACGAGACGCGUGCUCCCAGCCAUAGCAGCAUCCGACAGCAGCACCGAGACGUCGGCGGCUGCGAGCGGCGGAGCAGCGGAGUAUCUGGAAGUGUUGAUAGAGUCGGACGCGGGUGUGAGCUAUGAUCACCUUCAGGACAAGCUCGCCGCGGGGCAGUGGGAGGAGGCAGACAACGAGACUCGGCGGCUGCUGUGCGUGCUAGCCGGGGAGGCCGCUGCGAAGCGCAAGUGGGUGUACUUCACGGAGGUACAGAACAUUCCCGAUAAAGACCUCCUGACAAUUGACCGGCUUUGGCGGGCGUACAGCAAGGAUCGGUUCGGGUUCAGCGUGCAACGGAAAAUGUGGCGCGCUAUGAGCCGACAGUGGAAGCCGCUGUUUCUGCAGAUCGGGUGGACCUACGGCCCCAACAGCACGUACAAGAAAUUCCCGAUGGAAUUUACGUGGGAGCUGGACGCGCCCGUGGGCCACCUGCCGCUGACGAACGCCCUGCGAGGCACGCAGCUGAUUGAGAAGCUGUUCACGCAUCCCGCGAUGUCCGCGUUCGACGCCGACGAGACGAUGCCGGACCUCGACACCGUGCCCAGCGUCGUGGCCGCGGAGCCGGAGAAGGGCGCCGCCAGCCCCAGCAGCAGUGGAGCCGUGGGAGUUUCCGCCCAUUUCUAUCAAUCCUCUUCCCCCGGUCGUAGACCUCCCACCCACACCACCACUCCCGUCAUCCCUCACUCAUCAGCCUAUAGUCACCACGCGUUUGGCGCAGUCACCAUUGGACACCGGCAGCCGAGCCGCCCAGCAGCAGACGAGCCGCCGAGCCGCCCAGCAGCAGCCGAGCCGCCCAGCAGCAGCCGAGCCGCCCAGCAGCAGCGGAGCCGCCCAGGAGCAGCCGAGCCGCCCAGGAGCAGCCGAGCCGCCCAGCAGCAGCCGAGCCACCCAGGAGCAGCCGCGCCGCCCAGCAGCAGCCAAGCCGCCCAGCAGCAGCCGAGCCGCCCGGGAGCCGAGCCGCCCCAGCAGCCUAGCCGCCGAGUCGCCAGGCGACCUUCCUCCCGAGCUACCCGACCUGCCCUGCCCGGUGAGCACCGCACCGUUGUCACUGCGUACCCUUCCCCUACUGCUUGCACUGCUCCACUGUCGUCGUCAUGGCUACACCCAGUGUCCUCGCUUUUGACGCUGAGGGUCGAGCCAUUUGACUUUGAGGUCUGGCUCGACGACCUGCAGCUGUUUUUACAGUGCGACAGGGCCGACAAUCUGUCUCUCUUUGACCUCACCUCUGGCGUUGUCCCUGCCCCUGCUGCUGAUGCUGACGCCACUGUUCGCUCUCAGUGGGCCACGCGCGAUGCUGCUGCACGUCUUGCUGUGCGUCGCCACCUGCCUACCGCUGAGCGCGCGCACUUUAGCCAGUACAAGAGUGCUCAGACCUUGUACGACGCUGUAGUUGCGCGCUACUCCUCCCCUGCCACUGCUGCACUGAGCCGCCUCAUGCUCCCCUUCCUCUUCCCUGACCUUGCCGCCUUUCCCACUGUCGCUGAUCUCAUCACGCACCUCCGCACUAGUGACACUCGCUACCGCGCUGCGCUUCCUGCUGACUUCUGCGCCAAGAACCCCCCCCCCAUGGGUGUUCUCCUUCCCCUCUCCUGCCCUCUGUCGCCUCUGCCGCUGCGGCCGACCUCGUUGGUCUUGAGUCGGUCGGUGCGGCGUCUGCCCCUAGCGGGAGACGCCGCUCUGGCAAGAGCAAGGGGGGCAAGGGAGCGGGUGGGGCCAGUGGGGGCGGGUGGCGGUGGAGGUGGAGGCGGCGGAGGGAGUGGGGGUGGCGGUGGAGGUGGUAGUGGGGGUGGGGGUGCUAGUGGCAGCGGUGGCGGCGGGAGUGGCGGCGGCGGUGGCGGUGGUAGCGGAGGUGGCGGAGGUGGCGGCGGUGGAGGUGGAGGCGGGGGCGGUGGAGGCGGAGGCGGGGGUGGCGGAGGUGGAGGUGGUCGGAGUGGGGCUUCGCAGCGGAGCGGCACUGGUGGCGGUCAGCGCCAACAGCAGCAGCAGCAGCAACAGCAACGUUCUCGCGACGUCCCCACCCCUCAGCAGCUCCGUGAGUGGUACAUGCAGCGUCAGCGCGGUGGGGGUUUUGGUCCCUGCACCAACGUUCUCCGCACUGGUGACCGCAAUGGAGAGCAGUGUGGGGGUGCCCACCCCGCCCAGCGCUGCUUUGGCCGCCUGACAGACGCUUGGCGUCAGCAGUUCCCGGAGGCCGCGGAGAUCCCCCGCCGGGGAGAGCUGUGUAGGGCUGGUGUAGCUAUCUUUGAUCUUGAUUUUGAUGCUAUCCUUGCUGCCAUGUAUGCCCUGACCAUUAGUGAGGAGGGUGACUGUUACCGGUGUUUCCCGCCCGACCCGGGCAUUGGUACUGCUGCUCCAGGUGCCGGUACUGCGUCGGCUUCGGCCUCCCACACCUUCACUCUUGACUCUGGAGCGUCUCGCUCUUUCUUUCGGGACCGCACCACACUUACGCCGCUUAGUCGGCCGGUUGCGGUUUCCCUGGCUGACCCCUCUGGGGUCCUCUUGGUGAGUGGUGCUGACCUACAGGAUGGGGGAGUUCACCAGUUCACCCCUGCUAGUCAGCGAGUGACGCACUGCACGGAGGCUAGCACGGGUCGUCACCUGGCUACGUUUACACGUCAACCAGGGUUGAGCCUGUACACACUGACCACUGCUUCUCCUCCAGAUGCCGAGUCUGGUAGCGUGCCUUCGUCUGGUCAGGUGUUUGCUGCAGCGUCCAGAGGCAUGGCCUCCCGUCUUCUUGUGUCUGGUCUCCCCCGGUCUCUACCUCCCCUUCCUCAGGGCCCUGGCCCUGCCUGUGUCCCCUGUGUCGAGGGGCGCCAGCGUGCUGCCCCUCACUCCUCCCAGUUUCCUCCGACAGAGGCUCCGUUGCAGACGCUUCACAUGGACGUGUGGGGCCCUGCCCGCGUCCGUGGACUCGGUCACGAGCGCUACUUCCUGCUGGUGGUUGACGACUACUCGCGUUACACCACAGUCUUCCCCUUGCGCAGCAAGGGUGAUGUCACUGAGGUGCUGAUCGACUGGAUCCGCGCAGCUCGUCUCCAGCUCAGGCAGAGCUUUGGCUCGGACUUUCCUGUGUUGCGUCUGCACUCGGACAGAGGCGGAGAGUUCUCCUCUGGCCUUCUGCGUGCCAACUGUCGUGCGCGAGGCAUCCGCCAGACCUUCACGCUUCCGGACUCCCCGCAGCAGAAUGGGAUUGCAGAGCGCCGCAUUGGCAUGGUCAUGGACGUCGCUCGUACGUCCAUGAUGCAUGCGGCUGCCCCCCAUUUUCUGUGGCCGUUUGCGGUCAGGUACGCGGCGCAUCAGAUCAACCUCCACCCCAGGGUCUCCAGGCCGGAGACCUCCCCAGCGCUGCUGUGGACGGGGAAGGUUGGCGAUGCGUCGGCGUUCCGGGUCUGGGGAUCUCGGGCGUUUGUCCGCGACUUGUCUGCGGACAAGCUGUCCCCUCGCGCUGCUCCCUGCGUCUUCCUGGGGUUCCCCCCCGACGCCCCCGGGUGGCAGUUCUACCACCCCUCCUCUCGACGUGUUCUGUCCUCCCAGGACGUCACGUUCGACGAGUCGGUACCCUACUACCGCCUCUUCCCCUACCGCACUCCGUCCCUCCCCCCGCCCCCGCUCUUCUUGGUACCAGGUCCCCCCCCGGUAGACCCCCUUCCCCCUCAGGGUCCUGCCCCUUCAGGUGUGUCCCAGGUAGACGCGGUCGAGCCUGUCGAGGUCACUGGUGACUCUGGUACGGUUGUGGGAGCUGAGCCUGGGGGUGCUGAGACUGGAGGUGCUACGCCUGUGGGUGCUGAGCCUGGGGGUGCGGAGUCUGGAGGUGCUGAGCUUGGGGGUGCUGUGCCUGGGGGUGCUGAGCCUGGGGGUGCUGAGCCUGGGGGUGCUGAGCCUGGGGGUGCUGUGCCUGGAGGUGCUGAGCCUGGGGGUACUGUGCGUGAGGGUGCUGAGCCUGGGGGUACUGAGCCUGGGGGUGCUGAGCCUGGGGGUGCUGAGACUGGGGGUGCUCCGCCUGGAGGUGCUUCGGCUCGCCGAGAGCCACUCUCCCCUCAGGAGCUCCGUGAGUGGUUUGCCAGACGCUGGAGGCGUGCUGCUGGUGCUGGAGGUUCUUCGGCUGCAGAGGGUACUGCUGCCGAGCGUCCCGGCGGUGCUCGUACUGAGGGUGCUGGAGCUGCUGGGUCUGAGGGUUCUCCUGGAGCUGGUGCUGCUGAGGGUGUUGACGCUGAGACUGCCGCUGGAGGUCCGACUGGCGGUGCUCCUGCUGGUGCUGCUGGAGGUUCGGGAGCUACUGGAGGUGCUGCUGGAGCGGGUACUCCUGCUGGGGGUACUGGUGCUGUCCCUGCUGUUUCUGGCGUCGCCGCGCGGCCCCGGCCGUACUUCGUUCCGCUCCUGCAGCAGGUUCUUGGUCUUACACCUUCUCCUGGUCCUCCUCCUCCUCCCUUUGAGGGUCCACAGCCUGUCUCGUCACAGUCACAGCUACAGCCUGCCUCCCCUUUGCCUGCUCCUUCUCCCUACGGUGGUCCGACAGGAGGUCUUACUGAGCGUCGUGAGCCUGCGUCUCGUCCUGCGUCGCCUGUUCGUACUGCGCGCGCUAGUGGUCGCGGUUCGCGUCAGCGUCCUCCUCCUGUCCCUGGCACGCACCGGAUGUCUCUGCGCCCAUCCACUGCUCCUCUGCGUGCCCCUUUGCCUUCUCCUCCUGCUUCCUCUCUUCCUGCUCUUGCCAACCCGAAGUCAGACUCUCUUCGUGCUGCCAGUCCUACUGUCACGCGUCUCCUUGCUACUGCUGUCACUGACCCUUCUUUCGAGUCUUCUGCUGCGUCUGCCCUUGUCACUGAGCUCGUCGACUUUGCUGCGCGCUGUCGCCUAGACUACGCUGCUAGUCUUGUUGCUGAGUCUGAGUCUGCCUGUCCUCCGUCCGUCGGGGGUGAGUGUGCCCUUGGCACGGACGUCCUUGAGGACAGGCAGGAGGAGUUCCAGUGUCUGGCCGCCGCUUCACCUCAUCUCGCGUCUGUACUGCUAGCCCCUGAGGGAGACCCGGAUGCACUAGACAUCCUGACUCCGCGCUCUUACGCGGAGGCGAUAGAGGGUCCCUACUCCUCUCAGUGGCAGGCAGCUAUGGAUGCAGAGAUGGCUUCCUGGAAGUCCACAGGCACCUACGUCGACGCUGUUCCCCCUCCUGGGGCGAACAUCGUCAGUGGCAUGUGGAUUUUCAGGGUGAAGCGGCCGCCGGGUUCUCCGCCUGUCUUCAAGGCGCGUUACGUGGCUCGUGGCUUCAGUCAGCGGCAGGGGGUUGACUACUUUCAGACCUUCUCCCCCACCCCGAAGAUGACCACUCUUCGGGUACUGCUGCACGUUGCAACAAGGGCCUAG